AACUCGCGGCCAUAGCCAAUGGAGGUCGUUGCAUUACGGUAAAAGAGUUUUAGAGUUUGGCCAAUCAUUGUUAGUGAAUUUGAAAAGAGUGGAGAUCUGUAGCUAACCGCCGGGUUGGGAUGUGGGCUUGGCGUAUAUCCAAUAGGUAGAUACAUCACGAUGUUCGGGCCUGAGGCGCGGGAGCAUGCGUGUACCAUGAAUUAAAUAUGGGAGGAGGGAAUGAUUACUUCUAUGUCAUUUUUCUCUACUUUUUCCUUCUCUAUUCUACAUAUCAUCAAAGCGUUACGAUUUCAUUUUGUCGUUUUCUUCGUCCUGGUCUGGGGGUUGUGAUAUUUUCUUAAUACAAGACAGUCCUUAUUAUAUACUAGAUACUACCUAUACCUUGGGCUUGACGCCGGGCUAGACAUUUCACAAUCAUACCUAUACAUUUCCUUAUUUAUACCAAAACACUCACUUAUUGAAAAUGAGAAUCUCUAAUAUACUCAGCCGGCUGGGCCUGGCUUCAUCGGCAGUCCUCUCCUUCCUCGCCACAUCCUCCCACGCCCAAGACGUAACCGUCAUCCCCACCAGCACCAACACCAGCACAACCGCAGCCUCGGUCUUCAUCACGCCAACCCGCGACCUCGCCUUCGCCCUCAACGUCCCGGACGACAACUCCACCACCCAAGACCUAUUCUUCACCCUCCUGCUGCCCACAGACGUAAGCUGGGGCGCCAUCGGCCUCGGCUCCGCGCACAUGGCGAGCUCGCUAAUGCUGAUCGCGUACCCGUCAGCCUCGGGGCAGAACGUGACGCUGUCCCCGCGGAUCGCGACGGGCCACUCCGAGCCCGUCUUCGCGCCCGACAUCAGGAUCGAGGCGCUGCCGGGAACGGGGCUCGACAACGGGACGACGUACGUCUUUAACGGGCGAUGCGCGAACUGCCGCCGGUGGUCCGCGGGGAAGGUGGACGUCGAGAGCGCGGCGCAGCCGAUGGUGUACGCGACGGGCGAGGCGGGCGGCCGCCUGAAGAGCGACGCGCCGGACGCGCCGCUCAGGAUGCACUACAGCUACGGGUCGUUCACGCUGGACAUGCGGCGCGCGACGGGCGCCGCGGGGGUGCCGGCGAUCGACCGCUCGCAGGACAGCGCGCUGGUGGGCGCGGUGCAGGGGUUUGCGAAGGAGGGGAAGAAGGAUAGCGUGGCGGUUGCGCACGCGGUGGUCAUGGUGCUGGUGUUCGUGGGCAUGUACCCGUUCGGCAUGUUUGUGCUGAGGUUGGGGAAUUGGGUGCGCUGGCAUGGGAUCAAUCAAGGGGUUGCGCUUGUUUUUACGAUCAUUGGGUCAGGCCUUGGGUUUGAUGUCAGCAAGAUUUAUAAUCGGUCCAAGAAAUUCAACACCGCCCACCAGGUUAUCGGCAUCCUCAUCUUCAUUUUCAUCUUCGUCCAGUUCGCACUGGGAUACCUGCACCAUCGCAACUUCAAGAAGUUGCAGCAGACGACUAAGAUGGCCCCUAUCCACGUCUGGCUGGGCCGCGUGAUUGUCGUCAUGGGGGUUGCUAACGGCUUUCUCGGUUUCCCCCUCGCCCAAUCACCCCAAUACAACUACGUCCUCGCCGGACUCGUGCUCUUCCUCUUCCCCGCCAUGAUCCUCAUCCUCGUGACCAAGAAGUUCAUCCAGAAGCGGUGGAAGAAGAGCAAGGAGGCCGGCGCUGCUGGUGAGCCGAGCGGCGGGUACACGAUGGAGCCGUGGCGGGCGCCGGAUGCGCAGGCCGGGCACGGCAGCAGCGUUACAGUGUCAGCUGGGAGCGGGGGUCCGGGAAGGCCGGGCCAGAACCAGAGUAUCCCCGCCAUGAGCUCAUAUGCGCCCUUUCGCGGAGCGCAUCUAGGGCCGCAGCAGAACGCACGGGAGUAUGUGUGAUGAUGGGGAGGCUUUACGAAGGGUUCAUGUUACCGGGUAGGUUUGAGAUGCAUUAUUGUCGGCGUUUUGGGAGGGGUGUUCGAGACACGGUUUAUGUAAGGCACCUCAGGGAAAUUAGGUACGGGGCACUUUGGCAGUCAACAAAAUGAGUUUGGUUAGGGAGUGGCAGAGAGUACGAAUAAAUAGCAACCUCCUAGAGACCUAGGUGUCUAGGUAGUAAUCUGAGACAAUAUCGACAACUUUAUCUCAACUGUCUUUACGUACACUAUAAAGACUGUCUCGCCUGAGGGUCAUCAGCCCUCGAUGCGCAUUUUGCCUUUCCGUUCGAUUUCCCUUCCUCGAUAGGCCACCGCCAACUCCUCCAUACCUAUAUGCUGGGUAUUAUCUACAUUACUUGCCUAUCUUUUUCUUUCCUUUUGAAAUGGAGCGCCAAUGGGUAUUCAGCUCUCGCGGUUGAUAUGAGAUUUUAGCACGAGGAUUCAGAACGAGAUCGGCACCAAAACCAACAGCCGAUGGGGGAUCGUCUGUUCUAUGGAUAUAUCAACUUGUGGAUUGUAGGAUCAUCGAGCCCACAAGAUCUCGCGUGACGCGGGUAACAUGCGCCUAACCUAACUUUCUCCAACAUAGUACUUCGUUAGAUAAGUAUGAG